GCUCGGUUGCAUGAAGUGAAGGAGCUCAGAGAUUCUGUUGGACCGAGCCGAACUUUUCCCUCCUGGGACAGAAUCCAUGCGCAUCAGGGGAUGGACUGUCCGAUCAAGGAAGCGCUUUCUGUGGUGAGUGAAGAUCAGCCCAUCUUCGAGCCGCCCUACACCAUCGCUCCGGCCAUGCACAUGAAGAGCGAGAUGACGUCGCCCUGCGGCUUCGGCCAGGCCUCCAAACAGAGUCCAGAACCCGCCGAGUCCGAGUGGGUGGGGUCAGCAGCACAGAACCCCGGGAAGAGGGGCGAGCACGUCAACGGGACCAGCCGUGCGUCUCCGGUGGACUGCAGCGUCACCAAACGUUCCCGACACAUGAGCAGCGACGGGACCCCGAUGCCAUACCAGGCCUCGUACCCGGAGCCCCGCGUCAGCCCCCAGACACCACCGAGCAACACCACGGAGGAGAAGAGGGUCAUCGUCCCAGCAGAUCCGGAGGUUUGGACCCAGGACCACGUGCGGCAGUGGUUGGACUGGGCCAUCAAGGAGUACGUCCUGGAGGAGGUGGACGUCUCACUCUUCCAGGCGCUGGACGGCAAGGCCCUCUGCAAGAUGUCCAAAGAGGACAUGAUGCAGCUGACGUCGGCCUACAACGCCGACAUCCUGCUGUCCCACCUGAAUUACCUCCGGCAGAGUAGCCCCACAUUCUCCUACUCCACGACUCCCACCAACAGCACGCCGCCCCCACCCCCACAACCCCGGCUACAGGUGAAAGCAGAAAGCGGUUUUGAUGAGAUCAGCCGCAGGAACAGCUGGCCGGCAAACACCAUGACUGCCGCAGUGCCUAAAGGUUCUUCAAUCGAGCACCAACAUAGCACCAGGGUGACGGAGCCGGCAAGAAUCGUCCAAGACCCCUAUCAGACAUUAGGGCCCAUCAGCAGCCGACUGGCCAACCCAGGUUCGGGGCAGAUCCAGCUGUGGCAGUUCCUGCUGGAGCUCCUAUCUGACAGCAACAACGCCGGCAUCAUCACCUGGGAGGGCACCAACGGCGAGUUCAAGAUGACCGACCCGGACGAGGUGGCCAAGCGCUGGGGCGAGCGCAAGAGCAAGCCCAACAUGAACUACGACAAGCUGAGCCGAGCCCUGCGCUACUACUACGACAAGAACAUCAUGACCAAGGUGCACGGCAAGCGCUACGCCUACAAGUUCGACUUCCAGGGCAUCUCGCAGGCGCACCAGAACCACGGGGCGGACAGUAGCAUUGUAAAGUACCAGACUGAGAUGCCGUACGUGCAGCCGUACCACAGCCACCAGCCCAAAAUGAACUACAUGGGCGGCCACCCUCCUCCUGUGCCAAUCUCCCCCGGGAACUUUUUUGGGGCUCCGGCGACGUACUGGAGUUCCCCCAGCAGUCCCAUCUACCCCGGACCGCCAAUGACCCGACACCCAGCUGCUCACUCCCAUCUGAGCUCAUACUACUGA